AUGUUGUUCAACAAGAUCUUGAUCGCUUUCCAGCUCUUGCAUUACCACAGCCUUUCAGCCCGUCCGCUUUCCCUUGCAAGGCAUCUAGUCAAGAGAGAAGCCGGUGGACGGUUCAAUUUGCCCAUGGUACCAUUCCCAUUAGAUGCUCCCAUUGAUAUCCAUCGUCCAAGAAUCACAAUCACCGAGUUGGAUGAUUCAGAAGAGGUUGGUCAUCAAGCAAGAGCUCCCAAUAACAUUCAACACCCAAGAAUCACAAUCACUGAGCCAGAAGAUUCAGAGGAGGCUGCUCAUCAAGCAGGAGCUGAUUCACUUGCCUUGCAAGUCUAUAAUCCUCAUGCACCAAGAGUGACGGUUCCAGGUGACAUCAAAGAUAUCCAUGAGGAUUUCAGUGCCAAAAUGGAGAUAGUCCUGCCCCGGAUCAAAGCCAAUCAUGGGGACAGUGUUUACCAGAAGGUGGAAGAAUAUUACAGAAGGAUCCUCAAGGACAGGUCCACCAGCCCAACCUUCCAUCCAUUUGAAGAACAUCCUCAAAAUAGUGCUUCCCUAUCUCAAAAUGAGAUCAAAGCAAAUCAACUCAAAAAUCUCAUGCAGAGAGCUUAUAUGAAAACAUUGAAGGACCAUGAAGAAGUUUUGGUUCAUUCCUGA